AUGCGUUCUACUACCGUUGGCUCCACUCUGCUCCUAUUGGCUGGCGCCGUUGCAGCGCAGCAGAGCGAGAGCAUCGUGACGGACAUUCCGUCGUCGCUCAUCCAGACGACUGAGCAGGUCUUCACCAUUCAAACUUCAGUCCCGACGGGUACGACAUCAGCUUGCUAUGCAGUCUGCAUCAAGGAACCGUGCUACGCAUGCUCUACCACUCCCAGUGGUGACCCUACCGUGAGCCUGCCUGUCGAGUCUCUACCUAUACCCAGCAGCAUCAGUGAUGGCGAUGUCACACUAACUCUGCCUGUCGAGUCUCUGCCUCCUGUUGGGUCAGAACCUACACCGUCAAUCACUGGCAUCCUCACGAAUCCUCACCUGCCCACAAUCUCGCAAACGACUGAUCCCCUCAUGUCAAUUCCACAGGGAGAGACACCCGAAUCCACUGGCGCACCCGCAACCUCUUCUGCUUCUGGAAACGCGACGGCCAGUGCGUCCAGGUCAGCGCCGGCUGAGCAGUCAACAGCGGCGGCUCCUCCGUCGCUCAAGGGCGAAAACACACCAUUCAUGCUCGCCCUUGGUAUUUCAGGUGUGUCGAUCUUUUUCGGUGCUGCGUGGACUCUUCUUUAG